GAUGGCGGCGCUCAGUGGAGGGCGGACUGCGGUCAGGGGCCUCCUGCGCGCCCCGCGCGGCCUCUGCCGGCCUCUGGGCUCCUCCGCCGCGCUGCAGCAGAUCCCGCGGGCCAAGUCAGAAAAUGCAAAGUCAGAGAGCACCUUCCAGGUCACCAUGCUGCCUGGGGACGGCGUGGGCCCGGAGCUGAUGCACGCCGUCAAGGAGGUGUUCAAGGCUGCCAGCGUGCCCGUGGUCUUCGAUGAGCACCACCUGAGUGAGGUGCAGAACAUGGCCUCGGAGGAGAAGCUGGACCAGGUGGUGGACUCCAUGAAGGAGAGCAAAGUGGCCCUUAUAGGCAAGAUCCACACCCCCAUGGAGUACAAGGGAGAGCUGGCUUCUUACGACAUGAGACUGAGGCGCAAAUUGGACUUGUUUGCAAACGUCGUCCACGUGAAGAGCUUGCCGGGCUAUAAGACACGUCACAACAACCUGGACCUCGUCAUCAUCCGCGAGCAGACGGAGGGCGAGUACAGCUCUCUGGAGCACGAGAGCGUCAAGGGGGUCAUCGAGUGCCUGAAGAUCAUCACCAGGGCCAAGUCGCAGCGCAUCGCCAAGUUCGCCUUUGACUACGCCACCAAAAAGGGCCGCUCCAAGGUGACGGCCGUGCACAAAGCCAACAUCAUGAAAUUGGGUGACGGGCUCUUCCUGCAGUGCUGUGAGGAAGUGGCAGAGCUCUACCCCAAGAUCAAGUUUGACACCAUGAUCAUUGACAACUGCUGCAUGCAGCUGGUGCAGAACCCCUACCAGUUCGACGUCCUGGUGAUGCCAAACCUCUACGGGAACAUCAUCGACAACCUGGCGGCCGGUUUGGUGGGCGGUGCAGGCGUGGUGCCCGGGGAGAGCUACAGCGCCGAGUACGCCGUGUUCGAGAUGGGCGCCCGCCACCCCUUUGCCCAGGCCGUGGGCAGGAACAUCGCCAACCCCACGGCCAUGCUGCUGUCGGCCUCCAACAUGCUGCGGCACCUCAACUUGGAAUUCCACUCCAACUUGAUCUCGGACGCGGUGAAGAAGGUGAUCAAAGUCGGAAAAGUACGGACGCGAGACUUGGGAGGUUACUGCACCACUUCUGACUUCGUCAAGUCUGUGAUUGACAACCUGCACCCCCACUAUGGUGCCUAGGAGCCCCACUCGCCCGAGGCGAGCCCUGGGACCUCACUGCGCCCUGCAGCGGCCUCCCCCACCGUAGUUUAAAGCCCCGCAGCCAUUCCUUCCCCUUCCCUCGCCCUGGGCCUCGGGGGAGGACGGGGCUCUCCUCUUCCCCAGCCCAGUGCCCACCCGGAGCCCCGGUGGCCGCAUCUCCCUUCUCCCCACAGCCGAGCGGUGCCAGAGGAGGUGGCAGCCCCCAGGCACAUCCCAGGCAGGCAGCUCUGCACAGCAGCGGGACCCGGGGUCCUGCCGACGUCUUUCCGUGCCCCCAGAGGCUUUAGCAAUAAAUAGGACCCCAGGGCUCAGGCCCUGCGCUGGGGGUGUGCGAGGGCAGCUGUUGGCUUGGGCGGAGCAUCCAGUGAGGCGCAGUGCUGCUGCAGCAAAGGGAGAUGUGAGGUUUGCUCAGGAGCUGCCCAGGGUCGGCCCUGCGUCCUGUCCUUACGAACGGCUGCUUGCUGAAGGCUGUCAGCUCAGCCCCCCUUCCCAGGGCAGCAGCCGCUCGCAGCUCCCUGCCGCUCCUCCUGUGCCCAGCCAUAGCAAGGUGGGGGUGAGCCUGUGCUGAGCCCUGCUGGCCUUGCAGGGGGAUGAGGCUGCAGGAGCUCUUGCUGGGACCAAGGGAGGCUCUGCCCCACAGCUGCGUGUGUGAGCGAGCGUCCGGGACCCGCGUUUAACUACCUGUGCUUCGUGUUUUGUCUGCAAAUAAAUGGGUCCGGUGCUCCCCCCCACCCAGCACCCGGCCCGGGUGCCGUUUCCC